GUUGUAUUGGGUGUUGUAUUUGCGACCGUAGGGGAUUAUUAUUUCACUAAAAUGGGAUUCUUUUUAACUGUCCUUGGUACAAUAUUGGCUGCUCUGAAGACUGUUGUCACAAACCGAGUUCAAGUUGGUCGGCUUAAGCUUCAUCCCUUAGAUCUAUUACUACGCAUGUCUCCCUUAGCAUUCGUCCAAACUGUGAUCUAUGCUUAUGUUACAGGGGAAUUGCAGCGAGUUCGUGCCUUCAGUCGGACGGAAAUGACUACAUCUUUGGUUUUUGCUCUUAUUACGAAUGGUGUUAUCGCCUUCUUUCUUAAUGUUGUAAGUUUCACAGCAAAUAAAAAGACAUCAGCUUUAACUAUGACUGUCGCCGGCAAUGUAAAACAAGUGCUAUCUAUUAUUCUGGCUGUAAUGAUAUUUAAUUUAACAAUAACGCCGACAAAUGGCCUUGGAAUUUUUCUUACUUUGUUGGGAGGCGCAUGGUAUGCUAAAAUCGAAUUGUCUGAACGUAAUCGUGCAGCAGUCCGAGUCCUAACCGAGAAGCCACCCUUGGGCUAA